ACCAGAGCAAAAAUAUACACUUGCGUUCAGUAUGGUCGAAAUCGAAACCUUGACAAGCUCAAAACGCAACUUACUUGCAUCAAGAAGGAUGAGCGACGUGGACCCGCAAGAAACCAAAGCCGACGUGCCGGUGGUCGAAGACUGCAGCAACACGGACGUCGUGACUAAGUACCGCCUCGCUGCCGAGAUCGCGCAAUCCGCGUUGGAAGGCGUGAUCGCCCAGUUGCUACCUGGCAAGUCGGUUGUCGAAGUCGCCACGUUCGGCGAUGCGUUGAUCACUGCCCGUGCCGGCACCGUGUACAAGAGCAAGAAAGUCGAGAAAGGCAUUGCGUUCCCCACGUGCUUGAGCGUGAACGAAGUCGUGUGCCACUUCUCCCCUCUUCCCAGCGAAUCCGUCACGUUGAAGGCUGGUGACUGGGUCAAGAUUGACUUGGGUUGCCACAUCGACGGGUACAUUGCCGUCGUCGCUCACACUGUGAUCGUCCCUGAUGCUGAAGGCUCGGACAACAUUGUCCUCGGCACCCAAGCCGAUGUGCUCAAGGCCGCCCAUGACGCUGUCGAACUGUGCGCGCGCUUGAUCAAGCCCGGUAACACGAACGCCCAAGUUACGGAAGCGUUGGAAGCACUGGCGGAGGCGUACGGUGUCAAGGCGUUGUCUGGUACGCUCAUGCACCAACUGAAACGCUUUGUCAUCGACGGCAGCAAGACGAUUGCGGUCAAGAAUGACCCGGAAACCAAGGCCGCGCGCGCCACGUUCGACGUGAACGAAGCGUACGCUAUCGACGUUGCAUUCACGACGGGGUUGGAGAAGCCCGUGCAAUCUGAACGCCGCACGACCGUGUUCAAGCGCCAAGUCGACAAGAGUUACCGCUUGAAGAUGAAGGCGAGCCGCUACGUGUUUUCGGAAAUCAACUCCAAGUUCCCCACGCUUCCGUUUACGAUUCGCGCGUUCGAAGACGAGUCCCAAUCGCGUCUGGGCGUCAGCGAGUGCGUCAAGCAUGACCUGUUGACCCCGUUCCCCGUGUUGGAAGGCCGACAUGGCGACCACAUUGCGCACUUCAAGGCGACGGUUCUGCUCCUGCCGAACGGGACGACCAAGAUCACCGGGCUCGCGUUGCCGGUGGACCGCGUCAACUCGGACAAGGUGCUCACUCCCGAAUUGGCCGCCGUCCUCGGGUCGUCGUUGAAGAAGAAGAACAAGAAGAAGGCCAAGAAGCCUGCCGCCUCCAAGGCCGUCGAAGACGAUUUGGAAUAAACUAAUUGGGAAAUCAUUUUGUUCUGCC